GCGGGCACACGGUACGUAGCGCGGGCAUUGUCGUAUGCGACCGACGCCGUCAAGGAGGACCGGGCCGUCGUGCUCGUGGCUGUCCGCAUGGAUGGAAUGGCGCUGCGCUAUGCGGCGGGCAGCAUCAAGGGGGACAGGGAGGUGGUGCUCGAAGCGGUGCGACAGUCGGGACAGGCGCUGCAGUACGCGACAGGCUCCCUCAGGGCGGACAGGGCUGUCGCGUUCGAGGCGGUGCGGCAAGACGGGGACGCACUGAGAUGGGCGGGGGCGGUCAUCAAGGCGGACAAGGACGUCGCUCUGGCGGCGGUGAGGAAGGAAGGGCGGACCCUGGAGUUUGUGGCGGAAGCCCUGCAGGCAGACAGGGAGGUGGUGCUUGCGGCGGUGGAUCAGGCCCAGGCUCGAGCCCAGGCAACCUUUCGUUCCACCCUCGCCCUCAUUGCCAGGGCCGGGGCAACAGGGACAGUCCUGUCAGCCUCCGCCACCCUGAGGGCGCACUUGCGGCAGGUCCUGCUGUACGCGCGCGAUCGUCUCUUCGAGGACGAUGCGUUUGUGCUCGCGGCGCACGAGCAUGCCAAGGCGAUCUGGACCACGCCUGCAAACGAUUUGCAAGACAUGCGCGAGCGUCUGCGCCUCCUCAAGGAACUGGUGUGAGUUGUGCGUGCCGUUUGGUCGAUGGUCCCGGGGCGCCGCACAUAUCUGGCAGAUGCCAUCUCAAGAGUGAUUGAGUGGAACGCACAUCAUCUAAGAGAUCGCCGAUCUUU